AUGCGAGUUCUACCGCAGGGGCUUGGGAAAUCCAAGCCGUCAUUCCUCUUGUUACUUCUUCUGGUCAUUGCCAUCGCUGCUCAAGUGUCUGCCGUGCCAGCCGAUGAGACAACGGAUGCCGAUGCGGCUAAGACCACCGACGAUCGCUCCACCACCUCUAGCGUGAGUGAAACCACCACAUCUUCAACCACGUCCACAACGAAAUCGAGAUCUACGAGCACCUCCUCCGAAUCUACAGAAACAACAACUAUGGAUAAAACGACCACAUCCUCCUCCUCCACGGAGACCGAUAGCAGUACAACAACAUCAUCCGUCUCCACGACAACGGAAUCAUCAACAUCCUCUUCCUCCGCAACCAACACCGUCAUCGUGACGAUACCGCCGACCGCCAACGCCCCAUAUAUGCAAGAGAGCAAUGCACCAGAAGGCACAGUAUUCAUCGCCGUCGGUGCAGCCCUAGGGCUAAUCGGCCUAACUCUACUCGCGUGGCACGCAAUGGUCGCAUGGUCCGUAAACCGCUCAGUGCGGCGCGCCGCCGUAAGGCACGCCUCGGAAUCCAAGCGCCUCCUCCGUGGCAGCAGAAAGAAGCGAUCAAUCCCCUACUCCGCUGCCCCAACGAACGACGUAUCCCUCGACAAACUCGGCGCCGCCACUCGCGCAAGCUACAAGCCUAGCCGGACGAGCGCGAGCAGCGCUCUUUUCUUUUCGCCUACCGCGGGCGGUCCCGCUGGAUCGCACGCUAGUCUACACGCUACAGGAAGUACAGGAAAUCGUGCAUCAACAUACCUGCCUGCUGGAUACUACGCUGCUGCCGGUACCUCCAACCCCGCGCCAAGUGGAGAGGUUCCAUACUCGCCCACUGCUGGUCUCUCGUCGCCCUCCCUGCCUCCGGCCGGUGUCUACCAUGAUCCAUAUAAUCAGCGCCAUUCUUAUGUGGGUGCCUCGACUAGUUCGUUGAACCUGAACCAGGCGCCGCAGGGUCGUGCUCCGAGCGCAUACCUUGAGGACUUGUUUGAGAGUCAUGUUCCUCACAGUUCUGAUUCGGGCCGUCGGGAACGCCACUGA